AGGUAGACGGGAGCAUCAUCGCUGGAGACAGAGUUGAGCUCAGAGCAUCAAGAUGGCCUCCGUGGUGCUGCAGCUGCUGCAGCUGCUGCUGCUCACCUGCCUGGUGUCGGCGUCUCAUCACUGGGGAGGAACCACCAGCUUCACCUACAAGGGAAGAAACCCUGAUGGGACAGUGAAGAUGUCCCUCCGAGCCAGAAGUACUUAUGAUGCCUGUUAUUAUUACCACUACUGGUAUUGUUACGGUGGCAACUGCGGCUCUGCAAACAGUCGAGUCACAAGUCAAAUUGACACGAGCACCAACACGCCUUCCUACGAAACCAGUUGGUGCGAAUCAGAAACUGUUGAGACAUGGACCCUCCCCAGUGACAAACCUAUCGAUCUCAGGGCAGCUAGCUGCUGCUGGAUCUCAACGCGUAACUCGGUUAAUAACUGGAACUUCGAUUCCCACAUGGAUUUCGGAACGAGGUCGGACACAAGAAAACCAAAUAAAUCACCUGGCAUUGCCAUUGUCCCCUUCUUAAGAGUUCCUCAGAACUGCCCCAGAACGUACCGGCUGGCUGCCUUUGACCCUGAUGGUGACCGAGUCCGCUGCAGGUAUGGGAGUAACCAAGGAUACGAGUGUGACAACUGCAAUCUCCCUUCAGGCUUCCAGCUUGACCAGGAUUCUUGCACUUUGCACUACCAGUCCACCUAUUCCCACCCCUAUAUCUUUGGUUUUGAGAUGGUGGUAGAAGACUACGCACGCGGCACUAUUGACUUGUUCUACUCUGAUGGAUCAAGUGUUCGCAAGAAUCCACUGCCUUCAAGGAUGAAGAGACAAGCCUACACCACGACACCACCAGCUACCACAAACACCCCGUGGUGGUGGUGGGGGCAGACCACCACAACAAUAGCUCCAACUACAACAAACAGCCCGUGGUGGUGGUGGCAGACCACCACUGUUCCCACAACAACUAGACAAAGUGUGAGCAGUACUCCCCUCAGUAAGCAACCUCUGCAGUUCUCUUUUCUAGUGGACCCUCCCGUUCCCUCAUGUCAGGAGGGUCUCUACCUGCCUCAAUUUGUGGCUCCGACACCUUCACAUGGAGCACGGAUCACGGCUGAGGUCAACAAAGAGGUGGAGAUCAGAGUCAAGGCAACUGCAGCAUAUUCAUCAAUCCAAAACAUCAUCUUCAGUGGGCCAACAAACGUCACCAAGCACAGGGACACGAAUAACGACUUUGUCAUCAGGUGGACACCAGUAGAAGACGACCUGGAAGAACAAUACCCAAUCUGCUUUGUGGUGGAAUCAGUGAGCGGGUCUUCUGCCUAUCAGUCUGAGAUGAGGUGUGUUCUGGUGGAAAUCCAAAAGCAUCAAAUUAAAGCCACAGUGACCUGCACCGAAUCCACAAUGAAGGUUGAGGUUGACAAAGCUUCCUUCUUCGGACUCACCGAGGAUCAUCUUCGCCUCAGCGACCCCAGCAACACCMUCUGCAGCCUGCGGAGGCACUCCAACAGCUCUCACAUCGUCGCCAUCGUUCCCCUCAACGAAUGUGGGACUCAGAUCGAGGAAGACGACGACUACCUCAUUUUCAAGAAUGAGAUCACCACGGGCAGCGAUGACCCAAAUGCUCUGAUCACCAGGAAGCACCUGGUGGAGGCCCGGUUCUACUGCCAGUACCCCAAACGGGGGAAUGUGACCCUGAACUUCAAAGUGCACAGAAAGAACGUCACGGUGUGGGAGAAAGGCUUCGGCACCUUCACAUACCAGUUUGAGUUCUACCAAAGCAAUCAGUUCCGGGCCAUGUUCAGUCCAAACUCCUACCCACUGGAGUACAACGCUGGAGACAGGAUCUACAUGCAGCUGGACGCCAGCUCCUCUGUCAACAACACCCAGAUGUUUGUGGAGUCCUGCAGAGCUUCACCGUAUGACAACCCCAACUACCAUCCAACCUACUCCAUCAUUGAGAACGGGUGCAAUGUUGACCCGACUCUGCAGAUCCACUCCACCUCCAACGACGGGCAGUUCAGGUUCAGCAUGGAGGCCUUCAAGUUCAUCGGACUGCAUGAUCAGGUGUACAUCAGCUGCACCGUCAUGAUGUGUGAAGCAGGAAACCCCAACACCAGGUGCUCACGGGGAUGCAGCAACUCCACGAUGCACAACUUCCGCAACAAGAGAGAGGCUGUGGUCGAGAGCGGGAUGCACUUCGUUUCCCAGGGUCCUUUGCGUCUGAAGCGUGAGGCGGACCCCAGAGGAGGCUCAGCUGCCAACCUGAACCUGAACCUGGUGUUUGUGGCUGGAUGCCUCCUGGCUGCUGUUGGGAUGGUCUGCGGCGUGAUCAUCUACAAAACCAAAACCUCCAGGGUCAAAUACCAACCUCUGCCUGCAUAUGAGAACUAGAACUGCAGCAUUGUUGCCGUACUGUGAGAUCUUGGGUGUUUUUGAAGUAAUGUAAUUUUAUAAACUAAUGUAGAUGCAAACAGCUGAAUAAAUGACCAGUUMYGUUGUUUUAUGCUGAAGAGAAAGAUCCAACYGGACWUAUGAAGUUCCUAUUAAGCAAAACUGGAAGAAAGUUCUUCACUUGGUACUGCAGUUGCUGAGUUACUGUUCUGUCAURAAAAUAUGUUUCCUCCUGCUCUGUAAUGCACUAUAUGAUGAAGGUGGCACAGAUUAAAUGUCUGUUUCAAUUAGUAAGUUUUGAACUAAGUUGCCUCAGUUAUAUGYUACUUUUWAAAAAAAUAUUUCUAUCUUUUUAUGUUAUUUCCUUUGUUUACGGGUGGCUCUGGUAUUUCUAAAUGGCUCAAUAAAAAGACUCUUAAAAGA